GAUCGGAGGGAUAACGCACAGCUGGUACUGACUGGCGAUUGAUCCCGCGCGGCGGUCGGCGCCGCGAGCUCAGUCGUUUACGAACCGCCGUGCAGCUCGGAUCGGUGCUGCCACCUGACGUGCGAACGGAAAUCGGAGAGCGCCGAACGGAAACACAUAGGUCGUCGCGAACCGUCUUCGUUCUCUUCUUCGCUCACUCGCCCGCGAGAUCCCAAGUUCGCUGAUCGCGAUCGCGACCUUUCUCGACGUCUCCAACCCGCGAUUCGAGUUGUGAGAAACCGAGUCGGUAAGGUGAUCUCGCCAACUGUGUUUCCCCUCGCCCCUCCGCUGCCGGCGGUCGGGAGCGGAGGAAGCGCCGCUUCGCGAACGCUUAUCUGUCCGGGUGAAACGACGACGACGGCGACGACGACGACGACGACGACGACGACGACGACGACGACAACGGAGACGACGAAACUGAGUACGUGUACGUUCUACGCGCGACAAAGAGGAGGCCAGGAGACCUAGGCCAGGUUACGGCACGACAAGACUCGGAGUCGGAGCAUGUGAAAAUGGAUUUUAAAAGCGUGGUGUACAACGCUGCGAGGGACGGCAAGCUCAAACGGCUCAAGGUGUUCCUGGAGCAUCGGGGUAAGGAUGAGGUAGGGCAGCUAGUCGGUGCCAAAACCCAUGGCGCAACACCCUUAGUCAUGGCAUGUCGGAACGGACACUACGACGUGGCGGAAUAUCUCAUCGAAAAAUGUGGAGCAGACGUGGAGCAGCCCGGAUCAGUGGUUUUCGAAGGCGAGACAAUCGAGGGUGCACCACCCCUAUGGUGCGCGGCGGCAGCUGGUCACUUGACUUUGGUCAAACUGCUGGUGAAACGAGGCGCCAAGGUGAACUCCAUCACGAAAACGAAUUCCACACCCCUGCGCGCUGCGUGUUUUGAUGGGCACUACGAUAUCGUCAAGUUUUUAGUGCAAAACGGUGCAGAUAUCGAGAUGGCGAACCGACAUGGGCAUACAUGUCUGAUGAUCGCGUGCUACCGGGGUCACGUUAAAAUCGCAAAGUUCCUACUCUCUCUGAAAGCGGACGCGAAUCGUAAGUCCGUGAAGGGUAAUACGGCGCUACACGACUGUGCCGAGAGCGGAUCCCUGGAGAUAUUGAAGAUACUCGUCGAGCACGGCGCCCAGAUGGACGUGGACUCUUACGGGAUGACGCCACUUCUCGCGGCAGCAGUAACAGGUCAUACGCAUAUCGUCGAGUACCUCAUAGGCAUUCCGCAAUUGUUCAGCAGGAAGGAACGUAUCGAUGCGCUGGAAUUGCUCGGGGCGACGUACGUGGACAAAAAGAGGGAUAUGAUUGGUGCCCUGCAGUUCUGGAAGCGAGCCAUGAACGAGCGAUAUCGAGGAGAUGGUCCGGUAAUAUCGAAACCUGAAUCUCCGCCACUUGUAGCUGCUUAUGAUUUCGCUCGAGAGGUAAUCGAACCCGAAGCUUUGGACGACCUGUUGGCAGACCCGGACGAAAUGCGCAUGCAGGCACUGGUGAUUAGAGAACGAAUAUUAGGACCGGCUCAUCCGGAUACUAGUUAUUAUAUUAGAUACCGCGGAGCGGUCUAUGCGGACGCGGGUAAAUUCCGUCGCUGCAUCGAACUGUGGAAUUAUGCUCUUGACAUGCAACAGAGCAUGUUGGAGCCGCUAAAUCCUAUGACGCAAAGCUCUCUAUUCAGUUUUACCGAACUCUUCAGCUUCAUGGUGGGUGAGGAAGGCAGACAGACGAAUAGAGGUCGAAGGGUACCACCAGUAAAGAGAGAGGAUCUGUUGAAAGUUUUUGAGAAAGCUGUUAACGAAGUAGCGAAAGGAAAGCAAAUGUUGGAUAAGAUGGGCGAUUUGGCGUGCGAGCGCGAUUUGACAUUUUUGAACAGAGUCCUCGUUAUCACUCUCCACUUGGCGUGUCUCUUAACACGCGAAACCGGGGAAAAGGGCAGUGAGGAAUAUCACGCUUUACACAAGGAGCUCUACAAGUUAGUUCGAAUAAACGCCAGAGGCAAGCAAAGCCGUGACGCAUUGCAAUUAGUUCACAGUGAAGAUGGUGCCCUGGUUGGCAGGUAUCCCACAUGCAAGUUUCCGUCUCCUCACUUGACCAAGGCUUUGUUGAGAGUGGGCGCGAAUGUGGCUGCCAAGGACAAUGAUGGUAACACGGCUUUGCACCUUACCGCGCUAUUGCGUCCUUGGCGACCGAUCCUGUCGGUCGAUCUACUAGACGCCGGCGCACAUCUCGAUACGGUGAAUAAUGACGGCAAGACAUUCGAAAUGCUGUUGUGUAAUAAGGAACUCUAUGAUUCGAUUUGCCCACUCAAGUAUACCACACUCGCCUGUUUGGCCGCGCGAGUAGUCAGAAAGACGCAAAAGAUCAGCAGAGUGCCCGCGCACCUCCGCGCUUUCGUUGAAAUGCACUAGUAAUAACACAUCGCCAGUGAAAUAGUCGUAGCAGACACACAUUUCUCUAAUUGAGAAAGUAUGACGACUGGAGAGCCAAUGGUGAUAAUUCGAGCGUUAACCAAUUCGAUUCACAAUUUACUCAACUUAACAUCGAGAUUCACCUUUCUAUAAAGUCUCAAAGUCACUUUAAUUUUUGAAUAUUCUUUUAAGAAAGUGAUUUUGAGAUACUCCAUAUAUAAUUCGUAUUAAAACAAAGAUAAAAGAGUUAUUCUCGAGAAGCACAGAUCUUCUAUCCGAC